AUGUCAAAUGCAUCACAAACACCUCAAUACGAUAAUCAGACUAUUUUAACGGAUUGCAUUUUGGGUAUAUUUCGAUUUCUAGUGAAUGUUUCACAUAAUGAAUUUGCUAGUGAACGGUUAGGCGCUUGUACAGGCUUUCUAGAAACUAUCUUCGAUUGUCUACUCAAACUACCAGAUCGUCUACCGGCAACAAAACGAUUUGAUGUACUUGUCCUCCUUCUUUGCCUAUUGGUAAAUAUGUGUGAACAUUGUCCUGAAAAUCGUACUCGGAUAGUCUAUCUGGAUAUUACAAAGUCUUGUGUUAAAAAGUCGAAUUCCUCACCAGCGCCCUCUCUGCCGCCGACAUCAUCUGCCUCGUCAGCAUCAAAUCAAAAGACUGUUGGUAAAUACAUUGAUACAUAUGAUGAUGAAGAGGACGAUGACGAAGGAGACGGAGAGGAUGGGGAACAACGUCAGGUUGUUACUUCAACAGCUCUUGAUGAAUUAAUACAGCUAUUUCUUACACGUGAAGAAUGUGCACGUAAUCAUGAUUUUGAACGUGAUGAUGAUGAAGCCGUUGCCGCAGAAGCUCGUCGACGUACAGCUGAAGAAUCUAAACCUACUGAUGGAGAUGUUGUUGACAAUAAACAACUGUCACUACGUCCUGGUCAUCCUAAUCCAACUGUUGAAGAAGCUGGUCUAAAAUGGCGUCUUAUAGAAGAUCGAAGAGCGCUUGGUUUAAAUAAUCGAGGAUUUUUAGGAAAAAGUCGAAGACGAAUGUUUAAUAAAAAGAAGUCUAAAAGUCUUAAAAAUAAGAAACGACAAAAUGCCAGUGAUAUUGAUGACGAUGAUGAAGACAACGAAGAAGAUGAGGAUUUCGAUGACAAUAGUGAAGAAGAUGACGAUGAUGAACUGGACGAUGGUAGCGAUGAAGAUGACGAUGAGGAGGAGGAGGAGGAUGAUGACGACGAAAGUGUUGGCAGUGGUGCAGAUGUUGAAUUUGUCGCUGAUACACAAGAAGAACAAGAGAAAUUAGCUAAGAGCAUGUCACAAGCUCAACAGCAUAUGGAAGACUCUGUUGUCGCUGCAUAUGCCGCUCUCCUUCUUGGUUGUAUCCUACAAUCAAGUCCACGUUAUACAGAUCGUAUCCGAUCAAAGUUACCAAAUGGUCAAUUUCGUCCACUGGCUAUUAUGCUAGCCAAACUACUCAGUUUCUUAUCAUUAACAAAAGGUGUCGGCUCCUCAGGAUCUGAAUCAAUUCUACGCAUUGUACGCAUACUAGAAGCUCAGGAUAAUAUUGCUAAUAAAUCAGACAUUGUAAAAGUGUCAACAUCGAAUGGUGUCGUAUAA